AUGCAUGCUCCAUGUCUCUCGGCUGUAGCUACAUCAGCACAGGGAUCUCAAUGCUUGGCAGAAUUCCUGACGGCUGCUCCAGAACGACAGUGCAUAACGCUGAGUAAUGCGGCAAACUGCGCAGCAUCGCAAAUCAGUGAUAUGUGUGGAUACGAUGCGUUAACUCUUUCUUUCGAAGGAAUGCAGGCAUUUGCAAAGCAGGUACGGCGCUACUUCAGAAUUCAGUGUAACGUCACUGAAGGGUCGAGCGAGGAUAUUGCAAAUUACGAAGCGAUGGAAUGUUUGGUUUUCGAGGAUAGUGUAUUAUUUGGAUGA